AUGGCUGAGGGAAAAUCAGAUCAGCAGAAGCGGCAACCUGCUGCCACAGAAAGGGGCAUCGAAUAUCAGCUGGAUCUCAAGGCUAGGAACUUCAAAGGCAGUGUAACCUCCUGGCGACGUAAGGCCAAUAAGCUAAGAGCUGCCCUAGUAGAUGAUGUUGUUUUUUCUGACGUCAAGACUCUUCGAGAUGGGUUACAGGAACUGAUGGACAACGUCAUUGAAACCCAAGAAAACCUCUCCGAGUUGAGAUUGUCCUCCACAAUAGCUGAUGACAGUGGGGACAAAUUAGAGGAAGUCGAAAAAGAACACAGUUCAAUCAUGAAAAGCACGCUCGAUAGAAUAAUUGCUCUGAAGACAGGCGAGAGAAAUGAUGACGCUUCUUCGAGCCAAGGAGAUACUACUACCGCAUACCCACCAGUUGGUGAAGGCCCUACUCUUGAUCCUCUGAGUAUCUUUGCAGAACAGUUAAGAGCUUCAAGAUUGCCUCUUCCUGAACCGACCGCAUUUGACGGAGAUCCCCUCUUGUAUCCAGGUUGGAAACAUGCUUUCGAUGUUAUAAUCGACCACAGUGGGAUCAAUCCUAUAGACAGAUUCUUAUAUCUGGAGAAGUACCUGAAAGGUCAACCACUUGAGCUAGUGAGAGGUUAUGCUUUGAUCGAUAAUGAAACAGCUUAUCUUGAUGUAAGAACGGCUCUGGAAGAACGGUACGGGAAUCCUUCAGUCAUAGCUAAUGCCUUUCGAGACAAGUUGGAGAAGUGGCCUCGAAUAACCUCAAAGGAUGCUCCUGGUCUGAGAAAGUUAUCAGAUUUCUUACGACAAUGUGUCAUAGCGAUGGACAAAAUUAAUCACCUCCGCCACCUGAAUGAUGACAGAGAGAUUCGUAAGAUUCUAUCCAAGCUACCUGAAUGGCUUAUCGUGCGCUGGUCGAGGAAGGCUUAUCAAUGGUCAGAAGACAAUAACAGCUUUCCUCCCUUUAAACUUUUUGCACGUUUCCUAGAGGAGGAAUCAAAGAUUGCUUGCUGUCCCAUCACCUCUGUUCACAGUUUGAAGGAAUCAAGAUCUGAGAGAGGAAGGUCUGCAGCAUUAGAAGUCAGAGCAUUAGCAACAGAUGCUACUACCAGUAGGAAUCAGAAAGGAAAGACUGAUCAAAGGAAGCAAGGGCCCAUAUCUUGCUUGGUUUGUAAGAAGUCCCACACCCUGGAAGAAUGCCCUACCUUUUUAGCAUGGGAGAUGGUCAUGAAGAAAAAAUUGAUUACUGAAAAGGGCUUGUGCUAUGGGUGUUUAAAAGUUGGUCAUCGCUCAAAGGAGUGCAAGAGGAGAAGCACCUGUCAGAACUGUAAGAAGCGACACCCAACAGCACUCCACUUCGAAGACCAGGGAAAGGCACAAUCUUCAAAUCAAUAUUCGAAUCAGUUUUCGAAUCAAGACACUGUUCAAGAUGAAGUGAGGUCUUCAAGCUCACACACUGCAAGGAAAAGUGAGGCUCGUGAAACUCCCAAAAGUUCAAUGAUAGUUCCAGUGUGGUUGAGUCACCCCUCCACGAAUGAGUCAAGACUUGUUUACGCUCUCUUGGACACCCAGUCUGAUACUACCUUCAUAUUGGAUAGAACCAAACAGGCAAUGGGACUGAGGGGGACCUCAGUUAACCUACGGCUCUCAACGAUGUCAGCAGUGAAUGAGAGAGUAAAUAGCAUCAAAGUAGAGGGUCUGGAAAUUACAUCCCAUGAUGGUAAACACAAGAUUGGCUUGCCUCCAUCCUACACGAGGAAGAUGAUACCUGCAAAUCGGAACCAUAUUCCCACUUCAGACAUGGCAUCAUCUAUUCCUCAUCUGAGCAGACUACAGGAUGAGAUUCCUGCAGAUCAGGGAUGUGAGAUAGGCUUACUGAUUGGUUAUGACUGUCCCAAAGCACUCAUGCCUCGUGAUGUGAUACCUUCAUCAACCAGUGAUGGUCGAUUUGGAGUUCGCACAGAUCUCGGAUGGAGUAUUGUUGGCACAGUUGACGAGAAUUAUGAUAGCUACCCAAAUGACCCUAUCGGAGUAAGUCACAGAGUGAAGGUUUGUGUUAUUCCAGAUGAUGUGAAAGGAAUCCAAGGUCAUGAGGAAGUUUCCUUCUCUCAUCGUCGACUAGUGAAGGAAGAGAUUGCUCUAACUCAAGUAGUCAAACUUCUCGAGGCAGAUUUUAUGCAAGGUAAAGAGAGUAAACCUUACUCCCAGAACGAUGUAAAAUUCCUCAAAAGGAUGAAAGAAGGAAUUCACAAGGAUAAAGGUGGGCAGUAUGAGAUGCCGUUGCCAUUAACUGAUGAAAACCUUUCACUGCCCAACAAUAUAUUCCUUGCUGAAAAGAGAUUGAGCCAUCUGAAGAAGAGAUUCCAAAGAGAUCCAGAAUACCACACACUCUACAACGAAAAGAUGACAUCUCUCUUCGAUAACAACACGCCGAGAUUGUAA